CAAAAGCAUGCUACAGGGCCGAUACAGUCACCAAGGCCAUAUAAAGGAGGCCUUCGGCUGUCCUAAUAACACCCAUAGAUAGCAGUUCACACUUUGUUACGCUGAACCAGGAAAGGCCCUGCCGACAGUUAUAGUACUUCAUCCAAAGCCCGACUCAUACUGUCCGCGAGCAGCACAAGUCUCAUAUCUUAUGGCAAAACGUUCUGUUCUCAUUACUGGAUGCUCGUUGGGCGGGGCUGGACAUCACAUUGCGUUGGAACUGGCAUCCCGCGAAUGGCGUGUUUUCGCAACAGCACGAUCAACCAAAUCUCUCUCUACUCUGGAAGAGAAGGGAGUGGAGACCUUUGAGCUUGAUGUUACAAAGCCGGAGAGCAUCAGUGCGUUGAAGGAUGAGAUAGCGUAUAGGACGGGCGGCAAAUUGGACAUGCUGUUCAAUAACGCUGGAAUAAUGUAUGAAGCUCCGGCCAUUGAAGCAGACCCUACUCGUAUCCGCAGUAUGUUCGACGCCAACGUGUUCGGUUUGUUCGACAUGGUCCAAGCAUUCACUCCUCUUCUGCUAUCGUACAACGCAGACAAAAGCGCUCCUCCCGUGAUUAUAAACACAGCAUCGGUGCUUGCCCGUCUGCCGUUUGCGUUUUCAUCAGCGUACAAUGCCUCGAAAGCGGCCGUGGCUAGUUACAGUGACACCCUUCGAAUUGAACUCGAGCCCCUGGGCAUCAAAGUUGUGACAGUAUUCAUGGGCGAGGUUUCCACCAAGCUCAUGUCCCCCGAUAAUGUCUCCUUCAUACAGGGGAGUCUCUACAGUGAUGUAUUGGAGCGGACCAGGGAGAGAAGUCGAAAGCACGCGAAGAACAGCAUGUCACCGGAGACCUUCGCUAGACAGGUCGUCGACCAAAUACUGACCCAAUCGCCCAAUCUCGGAAAGGGCGAAUAUAUAUGGAAGGGCACUAAUGCGUGGGUGGUUUGGCUCCUGAACGCCGUGGGAUGGAGAAAGAUAUUCGACGGCCUAGUCAAAGGGAUGGUCGGCCUGGACAACCAGCAGAUCCGGAUGGCCAUUCUCCAAAAGGGUCGUGCUUCGGUGAGCCGGGCGACGGAUGUAUAAUAGUUUUACAUCUGCUUAGUGUAUGUAGCAUGUUUUUUCCUGUCUGUUCCUGCCGUAUGCAGUGAAUGCUCCUUGUUAUCAACGUGUAGAAAUAUUAGUGGGUUCCGUGCAACAGCUGCAUCGAUGAAAGCAGGGCCCGCUAGAGGUGCCGAUAACCUGGUUCCCUCGCCGGCAAAUGGACUUCCGCCCAAUUCGCAGUGAUGAG